CCUCUUGGCUGUGAGGUAUGCAAUACUCGAGUCUUCACCCGAACGCGUAGGAAAAAAAAAAAACCACUCACAACUAGUUCUGUUUGUUGUUUGCUGAAGGAGCCCGCUUGUCCGUGUUGAGCCCGUGUUACCAUGGCUGUUUGGGGCAGGAGCCCGUUACUUGUGGCUAUUCCCCUGUGGAUGUGUUUUGGGAGAGCUGCUGCUCUUAAAGAACCUGAGAUCUGUUAUGUGCUGGAUGGUAUCCUGUUUUUGUACGGCAUUAUCCUGACAGCUCUCUACUGCAGAAUCAAGAUCCAAAAUGCAAGGGAGGCAGAAGGGAAAGGAAAGCCAAAGCAGAAUGUUGAAGAGGGCAUCUAUACGGGUUUGACCCCUCACGCCCAGGACACAUAUGAAACCAUCGGCAUGAAGAAGUGACGUGUUGAAUUCAAGUCCAAGAGAAACAGUUUCUCCUUCAUUCCUUUUCAUUUGUAUUUAAGUAUCACAUUUUAUACUCUGCAUAGGUUUUGAGAGAAUGUGCGUCUGUGUGUACCAGUGUUCAUUUCCCUUUUGCUUUUGUACAAUUGGUGGGGGGUUAUGUUAAAAACAGACAAGACAGAAACAGGGAAGUUGAGCGCAAGACAGGCGUUUCUCAGAAAUGCUCACCCUCGUUAUAUAAGAUUCUUUUUACUGCUCUGUCAUAUUUAAUUUUUGAAAAGUUUCAGCAUUUUUGAAUAUGUGUGAGUAACACAUGAAUGCACCUUUAUUAUGUACAUUUAAGUUUUAUUUCUUGCAGGGGUUAAAAUCAUCCUGAUUGCUUUACAGCACAAAACAGGUAAAAACGAUUCAUUUUCCUGCGGAUAUAGCUCUAAAAGUCUCAUAGAUUUGGGGAAAGAUGGCUGAUUAUGGAUGUAGACAAAGUAUUGGGGUACUGGGGGGGUAAAAAUUCAACAUGCUUAUCCCCUCCAGUAAAGCCUCGGAGGUCUUGAGCAGUAUUUCCUAUACACCACAGGAUGGCAGUGAUGGUGCCUUUGGCGUGGUCCAUAAUUGUCCACAUUCACAAAACACACGGCAGGGACACCCUAAAAGAAAUGAAGGAAAUUGCACAGACUGCUGUAAAAGCUACUUUGUAUGUGAACUGCUGCCUGUAGGAAGCUUAGAGAUAUUAUACACACAAUCUAUUACGUUUUUCAUGUACUUAUUAAAUGACUGUCUCUCUCAGAACUGAAGUGGUAAAUUAAGACAACCAUGUGUCCUAGUACUUAUGUAUAUAGGGAGUGGUGAAACUCCAUAUACAACCACACAGAUAAUUAACAGUAAUACUUUUCUGUGGUUUGACUACUAUGAAGCUCAUAAAGAUUUACUGUAUGUUAGUCUGAUAAAGAUUGUAUUUGUAUCUUUAAUGUGUAAUCAAUAAAAGUGAAAAAGACUG